AUGCUCUCCAUCAAAAAUCUCUCAUUGGGACUUGGCGACCAUCACGGUCAAUUAAGUCCCAAACAAUGGCUUCAACAGUAUCAGAAAAAGUGCCAAAAAGAGCCGCCGUGUCUGCCGAGUUGCUCAACAUCGUGCUCCACGAGCACAUCAUCUGGAUAUCCGCUCCUCAGCACGUGCUACGAAACAAUUGGAGAUGAUAUGCCGUCGGUUUGGCAUUGUGCCAAAUAUAUCAACAUCCCGUACCGUUCCAAGCUCACCGAGCGCAUCGAGCCCGGACAAACUCUGAUCAUUCGUGGAAAGACCAUCGAUGAGUCGAAAAGAUUCAACAUCAACCUCCAUAAGGACUCUCCAGACUUCUCUGGAAACGACGUUCCACUCCAUCUGUCGAUCCGUUUCGAUGAGGGAAAGAUCGUCUACAACGCCUACACCAAGGGAGCUUGGGGAAAAGAAGAGCGCGCCAAGAAUCCAAUCAAGAAGGGCGACAAUUUCGACAUCCGUAUUCGUGCUCAUGACACCAAGUUCCAGAUUUCCAUCAACCAUAAGGAGGUGAAGAACUUCGAGCAUCGCAUUCCACUCAACUCGGUCUCUCACUUGUCCAUCGAUGGAGACGUUGUGCUCAACCAUGUCCAAUGGGGAGGAAAGUACUAUGUUACCAGUCCCAUACGAGAGCGGAAUCGCCGCCGACGGUCUCGUCCCAGGAAAGCACUCGUUGUCUACGGAACUCCAGAGAAGAAGGCCAAGAAGUUCAACAUCAACUUGUUGAAGAAGAACGGAGACAUCGCUCUCCACUUCAACCCACGCUUCGACGAGAAGAAGGAUUACGAUCCUUUUAUUGAAUCCAACGAGAGCGUCGUUCGCAACUCUCUUGUCAACGGAGAGUGGGGAAAUGAGGAGCGCGAGGGAAAGAAUCCGUUCGAGCGUCUCACCGCUUUUGAUUUGGAAAUCAGAAACGAGGAAUUCGCAUUCCAGAUCUUCGUCAACGGAGAGCGAUUCGCUAGCUAUGCUCAUCGUGUCGAUCCACACGACAUCGCCGGACUUCAGAUCCAGGGAGACAUCGAGUUGACAGGCAUCCAAGUCGUCAACAACUCACCAUCCCAAUAA